AUGGGCGCAGCCUCCCAUCCGCCCCGCCCGUGCCUAGCCCAUCGCCUCCGUCACGUGACCAGGGUGCCCGCCCGCCCUCGCCGCCGGUCCUCACGUGACACCGGCAGGGACCACGUGGUCGGGGCGCGAUGGCGGCGGCAGCGGCUUCGGCUCAGCGGGGGCGGCGGCGGCGGCGGCGGCGGCGGCGGCGAUCCUGGGGCCGGGCCCCGGGGACGGCUCCGGCGAACCCGCCCGCCCCCGGGGGGCGGUGAACGCCUCAGCGAGUGCCUGCGGCGCAUUGGUGAUGAGCUCGACAGCAACAUGGAGCUGCAAAGGAUGAUUGAGCAGGUGGGGUGUGUGGCCCCCAAAAAGCUGUUUUUCCGCGUGGCCAAGGAGAUGUUUGCCGAUGGCACCUUCAACUGGGGCCGUGUGGUUGCCCUGUUCUACUUUGCCUGCAAACUGGCUCUCUGCACCAAGGUCCCAGAGCUGGUCCAGACCAUUUUGCGCUGGACCAUGGAGUAUCUCCAGGAGCAUGUGCUGGCCUGGAUCCAGGGCAGGGGCGGAUGGGAAGGGCUCUUGUCCCACUUUGGGACCCCCACCUGGCAGACCAUCACCAUCUUUGCUGCUGGCGUCCUCACGGCCUCGCUGACCAUCUGGAAGAUGUCCUAGACUCUUGGGGGGGGUCAGAUUUUGUCCCCACCCCCACCCCUGGGACCCCUCCCCGGACUGGCCCUGCCGGCAGGGAUGGUGCUGACCCCCAGUGCCUUCCAGGGCCGGGAGGGUUUUUAACCAACAGGACUCACUCACCUG